AUGGCGAGGCGACGGCAAUCUUGGCCGGUGAAGGCCUUUAUCACAGAAGAUCUCCCUCUGCACCACAACCUUGUCCUGAAACACCUGGCUGGAGCGGAUCCCGAACUGGUGCUGCUCAACUUUAAGUAUGAAGAGUUGCAGAGAAUUCCAUUGGCUGAAAUGUCCCGGGAAGAGAUCAACCGGCUGGUGAAAGAGUUGGGGUUCUACCGGAAGGAGACGCGCGAUUCACCUGUUCCGGAAGAGUUCCAGCUUGCCCCCGCGAAGCCUCUGCCUGCCUCAGAAGAAUCCCAGAGAGAACAGGCGGCAGAGGGGAAAGGGGCGAAGGGCAGCGAACUGUAAAUCUGGGUGCCUUUGAAAACUGCAGGGGUUGUGUGUGUCGGCAAGGCGUGAGAGACUGCUGGCGUUCGGAACUUGCAGCCUCUUAAGACUUCCAGCAAGGCAUC